AUGCCACCCACAACCACCACAUCCUCUACCAGUGAUCAACGACCUCAAUUCACCCUCAUCAACGUCAUUAAAGACAUAUACAAUGGAAUCAUUGCAUUGGUCAUUAACCCACUCGCAACAAGAAUCACAUAUCCACUAAUCGCUUGCAUCGCAUCGAUAAUCACCAAAAUCAUAAUCAAAAAAGUCAGCUAUACUGAAAUCGACUAUACGACAUACUUGCAACAAAUUGAUAAAGUGAAUGCUGGUGAGUUAAAUUAUGCAAACAUUUAUGGGGAUUCGGGUCCAAUUGUCUAUCCAGCAGGAUUUGUAACCGUGUACCAAUACAUUCAAUGGUUAUGUGGUGAUAAUGUUGAACAAGCUCAAUAUGUGUUUGGGUAUUGUUUUACAGCCACUGUGGCAUUGGCAUGUUUUGUUUAUGCUCAAAUUUGGGAUUUGGCUCCAUGGCCCAUAUAUUUGUUUUUGGCAAGCAGACGAUUGUUAUCAAUAUAUGUGUUACGAAUGUUUAAUGAUUGUUGGACUACUAUCUGUAUGGUGGGGGUUGUGUUGUUGUUGCAACAAGCUGCUGCUUUUAAAGAAGUUGACAAGAAAAGGGAGAUUGCAGUUGUUGGUGAACAAAAGAAGAGUGGAGGUGGGAGCGAUGAAGGGAAGAAGAACAAGAAUAACAAGAAUGGGGAGGAAAAAGUGGUGCGUGAAGUGGUUAAAGGGUCACCUUGGCUCGACAUUAGUUUCUUGCUUACCAUUAUCGCUGCUGAUCUAUACAGCAUUGCCAUUUCAAUCAAAAUGAAUGCACUACUAUACAUGCCAGCUUUCCUCAUCAUCACAUAUUUUCUCAACGAUGAGAACUUGAUCAAAUUCAUUAUCGUUGUGACAAUAAUACCAUUGGUACAAAUCUUGGUUGGAUGGAGAUUCUUACUACUCAUGUUUGACGACGAAUUGGCUCGUACAAUUAGAUGGAAUUAUAUCACCCAUGCAUUCAAUUUCGGACGUCAGUUUUUAUACAAAUGGACAGUCAAUUGGAAAUUUUUACCCGAAACUAUAUUUACCUCGCCUCAAUUUAGACAUAUUUUAUUAGUACUUCAUAUUGUCAUUCUUGGUAUCUUUACAUUUACAAGGUUUCUCAAUUCCAAGAUCAUUGGGAAAACAAUACCACAGUUGAUUAAAGAUGCAUUCAUCCCAAGAUCAACCAUAUCCCCACAAAAUGUAUUUCUUAAUAAGCUAAUUGCUCCUCAGCUCAUUUUUUACAUCAUGGCCAUCACUAACCUCAUUGGGAUCUUGUGUUCACGAUCACUUCAUUAUCAAUUUCUCGCAUGGUAUGCAUGGACACUACCUGCUCUACUUCACUUGAAUUUCCCAGUAUACGUCGGUGUACCCAUUUGGUUUGUUCAUGAAUGGUGUUGGAAUGUGUUUCCCGCAACCGCAUUGAGCUCAGCAGUUUUGGUUACUGUGUUGAUUUCCAUCUUGGUUGCAAGUUGGUGGAAUUUUGAAGCUUGGUUUCCAAAACAUAGCACAUUGAAAGAGUAUGAUGACUUUGUCAAACAACAAGAACUGGAAGGGAAAAAAUUGUCAUCAAAAAAGAAUGAAUGA